AUGAAUAAUCGAAAUAGGCAACAACAAAUUGUGGGACUCCCUGAACCAAGCGACCUUGGCCGCAUGAUCAUUCGUGGAGUUCCAAGGUUUGCGAAGCGACACAAAGUCAUCAGUGGAUCGUACAUUAUUGGAAUUCUGACCAUUCUGUUGAUUGGCAGUGGAACCAAACUCAACCUUGAUCAACGACGAGAAUACAACAGUAUCAUGCAGACUAUUGAUCUACAAGCAGAAUUUGAUGCCAGCCAAGAUUUCUUCAUUGCAGACAGUGCCUACCGAGCCAGCAAAGGAUGGUUCACCUGCGACGGUUUGUGUCAACGCAACAAGAAACGAAUGGAAGAAUCUAAACACCGACUGGAUCUAAUUCGAAAAGAAGGAGAAGCUCGAAUGUCGGAUGCCAAGAGUGUGGCAGGUCUCUUUAGUGAAGUAGGCGUCGGAGAAGUACAAGAGAGCUUCUGGGGUUACUUUGCGUCUGGAAAGCAAUUUGCCAAGCGUCAAUCCAUGUGGGAUGCCAUGUUUAUGAGUUUCCGAUCCAUGCGACGAGACGAAAAGUUUGUGGAAUAUGCACUCAACGUCUUGAUGCAAGUCCUAGUCAACUUCUCCAUGGGCCUUGUCAUGGCAUUGGUCCUGUUUGUCAUUGGCCUCUGGUCCAUUGUGAGAUCCUAUCAAUCGAAUCCUCUGGUGGCAGUUGUAUUCUUUGUAGCGGCUGCUUGUGCUGCCUUUUCGUUUGUGGCAACCUAUCUCAUUGCCAUUUACGGAGCUGCCGCUGGUGGAGUCUAUGGUGUUUUGAAGGUGGCUGAAACCAAUGCCAGAGCUCAACGGAUUCAGGGACGACAACGGCAACAAUACAUGGGCAAUCGACCGCACUACGAUUAA